GAUCUCCUGAGAAUUUCCAUCCCGAUGGGAGGAAACAAUGAGCAGGAGCAAUGUCGUCGGUUCCGUCAACCCCAGUGGCAACUUUUACACUCCAGUGAUUUGGCCAUAAAUACUACUGAGCUGGAGACAGAAGCAUGCUUGGAUGGUUGGAUCUAUGACCAAAGUAUAUUUACCUCCACUAUUGUAACCCAGUGGAAUUUAGUAUGUAAAUCAAAGUCACUCAAAUUAUGGUCACAGUCCAUAUAUAUGGCAGGAUACAUGUUGGGAUCUCCUCUAGGUGGUUAUAUUUCUGACAAAUUUGGCCGGAAACCUGCAUUGUUGGCUUCUUCCCUGUUGUCUGCACUACUGGGCACUUGUUCCAUUUUUGCCCCAACCUUCCCAAUUUACUGUGCAAUUCGAUUUCUUUUGUCAAUGUCAAUGGGAACCAUAUACUCCUCUACUCUUACACUCCUUAUAGAAUGGCUGCCAUCUAAUGUCACACCCAUGAUCAUAACAAUAAGGUCUCUGGUUCUAAGCGCUGGACAAACGGUACUGGCUGGACUGGCUUAUGUCUUCCGAGACUGGCGCAUGCUACAAUUGUCCAUUUCUGUGCCUUACUUUGUCUUUUUCCUAUCCGUGUGGUAUGUAGACUUUUGUUUGUUUCCCUUGUGAAGACUGGGCAUGAAAGCUUUUAAAUAAAUAUGGACUCUGGU